CCGCGGAGACGUGGCAGCCGCUUCGCCCCAAGUUUCCUGGAGUUGGCUGGCGGGCGCCCGGCCGCCGGCAGCGCCAUGAACGUGUUCCGGAUCCUGGGCGACCUGAGCCAUCUCCUGGCCAUGAUCCUGCUGCUGGGGAAGAUCUGGAGGUCCCAGAGCUGCGCGGGCAUCUCCGGGAAGAGCCAGGUCCUUUUUGCUCUCGUCUUCACCACCAGGUACCUGGACCUGUUCACCAACUUCAUCUCCAUCUACAAUACAGUAAUGAAGGUGGUGUUCCUCCUCUGUGCCUACGUCACAGUGUAUAUGAUCUACGGGAAAUUUCGGAAGACCUUCGACAGUGAGAACGACACUUUCCGCCUGGAGUUUCUUCUGGUUCCCGUCAUCGGCCUCUCCUUCCUUGAGAACUACAACUUCACGCCCCUGGAGAUCCUCUGGACCUUCUCCAUCUACCUGGAGUCGGUGGCUAUCCUGCCCCAGCUUUUCAUGAUCAGCAAGACUGGCGAGGCCGAGACCAUCACCACGCACUACCUGUUCUUCCUCGGGCUGUACCGGGCCCUCUACCUGGCUAACUGGGUCAGGCGGUACCAGACCGAGAAUUUCUACGACCAGAUCGCUGUGGUGUCUGGGGUUGUACAAACCAUCUUCUACUGCGACUUCUUUUACCUGUAUGUGACCAAAGUCCUCAAAGGAAAGAAGCUAAGUCUCCCGAUGCCGAUUUGAGGACCCCCAGAUGUCCUACGCCUGCACCCAGACUCGGCGCAAACCACUGGAGAGGUUCUCCCAGGCAACUCAACGCAGCCUCCACCCCAUGUGAGCAGGACACCCCAUGAACGCUCGGUGCGCACGUGAGCCAGGCUGGGCUCACACGCUGCGCUGCCCGCGAGGCCGAUGGAAACCUCGGUGCUUAGCCCAUGAGCCACCGACCGACCAGCGGCCCCUCAGCCUGGUGAGACUCGUGCCCCAGCCCCAGGGGGACAGCGCAGCUCAGGAUCAGGCCAACACUGCAGUGGGAUUUUGCUUUUCCAGAGAGACCGGUUUUAGAGGACACAAAGGUGCUAUCUGGCAGGUGCAACAUUGUUUCACUUUUCAUGGGCCUUGAAGCCACAGGCAAAGGGGCUUCCUGCCCUCCCUUACCUUUCAAGCCAUUGGGCUUGUGCCAGGCUGCACUGGCCCAGCACACACUCACGCCUUGGCCUAGGUGGGCACCGCAGGAGGGCUGCUUACUGGGGGCGUACAGCCCACUAGGCUUGUUGCUUGGAGAACUCCCACCCCACCUCACGACCAAUGGCCCUCCUUUCCCCAUUUUCUGGUGCUAACCAACACCCCCCACCUCGGGCCUCACCCAGGAAGACCCGGAAGGGGAAGGGGACUGCCUGCCGUUGGCCUAGUCAAGGUUGUUUUUAAGCAAUAAA